UGGUGGUGGAGUAGAAAUGGAUUGCGAGGGGCACUCCCUCUUAAAUAUUGUGGUUUUGAUAUUAAAUUUGUAAAAUGUGCAUGUUUUAUUUAUCAUUUAUACCGUUAAAACUUUUGUAAAAAUGUCUGCCUUAAUUUAACUAGUUUUAUUCGUAAACACAUUACAUCAACAAUGUCUGCGAAAGGAGUAAUUUCACGAGAACUUCAUGAGAGUAUUCGACACAUUUUAGGACGGAAUGUGAAGAUUUCUUUAAAAUGUGCUGUGCGCAUGGAAACAAAGCCUGAAAAAACAGAGAAUCGAGUUCUGGCAUUUUCCGCAUGUAGAUUAUUUAUUCUUACUGCCAAGGUUCCAACUAAAAUUGAACACACAUUUCAUUACUUAGAUAUCCAAGCUAUAGAAAGCAAGAAGAACAACCAGCUUUGCCUGACAGUUGAGAACAAGGUUUUCACAUUUUAUUCCAUUGAUCCUGAUUCUGAAGAUGUUAACCAUAUGAUUAGCCAGUUGGGAACAGCAGUGAAAAGCAUUUUUCCACAAGUGCCUUUAGAACAUGUAAUCAGGAAGUUGGAAGUGAUCCCUCCCACCCGAUUACAGGCUAUGCUUGAGUACAAUCAUGCCCUUGAAACCAAAGAUACUGGACCUUGUGGUGGGUACUCCACUCAAUAUGCAUGUAUGUGUGAUUACCACAGUUUGCCCUACAGAGAAGAGGUUGCAUGGGAUGUGGACACCAUUUAUUUAUCCCAUGACAGUAAGGAGUUGUCCCUUCUAGAUUUUGAUCAUUUAGAUGGCAGGGACUUGAUGCCCAUUAUUUCUGCUCUGAUGUUCAAUACAUGGUUCACCAAAUUCCGAGCCAGUGGUGUUAAAUUAAUAUCGGAAGCUUUAGAUGUGAUCUUGCUUGUCUUGCGUCGAUCAGUUGCUCUUGAAGAAUUGUAUCUUGAUAAUACAGGAUUAAAAUGGGAAUUUGCUUAUAAAUUAUCCUUAGCAUUAAUUGCCAAUCCUCACACUCCUCUGCAUACAUUAGACCUUUCCAAUAAUCUUAUAGAAGAUAAAGGUAUAAAUAGUUUGUGUGGAAUAAUUGCCAAAAUUACACAAGGUGCUGGUCAGCUUGGUGGAACUGUAGGUCGUUUGCAGAAAGGUCUUAUUCAUUUGAAUUUAAGUCGUACUGGACUCACUGCAAAAGGCAUCAACACUCUAGCUCAUGCUCUUUCUCUCAAUCGAGCUAUGCCUUCCACUCUUACAUUCCUCAACCUUAGUGAUAAUGUCUUCAAAGAAGACGUCAAUAAUCUGUAUAAUUUUUUGGCUCAACCUAAUGCUCUGACACAUCUAGAUUUAUCCGGAACUGAAUGUGCUUUAGAUACUGUUUUUGGUGCUUUACUUCGAGGAUGCACACAAAAAUUAGCUGUUUUAAACCUGUCCAGGAAUCAGUUCUCUGCCAAAAAGUCAAAGGAAGUGAAUGUACCACCUUCAUUUAAAGCUUUUUUUUCAAGUACAGUGGCACUUAAACAAUUAAACAUGUCUGGAAACAAGCUGCCAGUAGAAGCAUUAAAAGCCAUGCUUCUUGGACUAGCUUGUAAUGAAAUUGCCACUGACAUGUCUCUUGACCUCAGUAAUAAUGAACUUAAAUCCCAUGGUGCUUUGGUUUUGGAAUCUUGUUUGCCUGGGAUACGAUGCCUUUGCAGUCUAGAUAUCAGUGAGAAUGGUUUUGAUGUGGAUUUGGCAAACAUUGUGAAUGCUGUAUCGAAAAACAAAUCUAUUAAGCACCUUUCAUUGGGAAGAAAUUUUGUAAACAUUAAACCUAAAUACAUGCAGCGUGUGAUGGAUUCCAUUGUUCAGCUCAUCCAGGAAGAAGAUACAGUGUUAGAGUCCCUAUCUUUAGCUGAUUCUAAGUUACGUGGUGAUGCUUGUGUUGUGAUAAAUGCUCUUGGUAGUAACCAAUGCCUAACUGCCAUUGAUAUUACAGGUAAUUACAUGGGUGGUGCUGGAGCCAAAACUCUUGCAAAAGCUCUUCAGAUUAAUUCAAAAUUGAAAUCCAUCCUUUGGGAUAAAAAUGCUACUCCACCUCAAGGGUUUCAUGAUGUGGCUUAUGCUUUGGAAAAGAAUUUUACACUAAGAUAUAUGCCAUGUCCUAUAUUUGAUGCAACAGCUGCUAUGAAAAUUGCUCCUGAAAAGACAGAAUCUGCUUUGAAAAGGAUUGAAGAGUGUUUACAUCGUAAUGUAUCGCCUAAAAAAUAUGCUAAUGGUCGAGCUUUUAGGCUUCAACAAGGAUUCUUACUUAGUUCAGCUCAACAAACUGUAGAUCGAUUAAUGGUCCACCUUCAAGAUUCAGUUAACAACUUUAAACGGGUUACAGGUGAGGGAAUUAUGAGUGAAGAUGCUGAAAAAGCUGAGGGAUAUCUGAGUGAUGCUAACAAUGCCAAACAGCUGUUGACAAGGCUUCAUGAAGUUGUUCUUUUGCAAGAAGAAUCUGGAAAUACAAUUGAAUCACGGUUACAGGAUUUUGUUAAAGAAUUAUGGGAUACUGUUGAAGGUCAUCUAAUUAGUACAGCUUCUUGUAUGCUGAAAUGUGUUGAAGAUCAAUGCCCAAACAUAAUUACUGAUGAUGUUCGAAGGGAAUUAGAAAAGUUAUGUCAAGAAAGAGGCAUUGUACCAAUUGAAUUUGUGCGUCAUGCACUUCUAGAACAAACUGGAACAACUAUCUUGAAUAAAGUCAGCGAAGUUAAUUUAUCAGUUGCUGCACAUGUGUCUGACCGGAUAUUAGAUGAACUCAUCGAGUGCUUGUCACGAAGUCAUAGAGAAUUGCAUGAACAAAUGAACCAACAGCGUUGUACUACACCUGAUGUCUUACGAGGCGGUUUGGGAGUUGAGGGAGGUCUUAGGAUCAGUCAUAGUGGAGAUUCUCAGCUUGACAGUUAUAGUGAAAAUUCUGACUCUCCACUUCAAUUGGCUUGGCUUAAUUUAGCUACUCCCAAACUUACUAAUAAAAGAAAAAGUGUGCAUGCCAGGAAGCUAAGACCUCAGUCCGUUGUAGAUAGUGUUGAAGGAAUAGCUGCUGAUGACAUACCUGAUCUUUUGCCGAAAGAUGAAGAGAGCUUACCUAGUCUUUCCCCAAUGUCUGAAAAGCUAGAACAUUUGGGUAAAGCUCGGCCCAAGCGAGCAAAGACAAGAGCUCCCACGCGGCCAACCAUUCAAGGCAAGGAGCUGAAAGAGGAGCCUCAAGACAUAGGAGAAGGAUUAGACAAUUUCUUUCGACAACAAAGAAAUUCCCUUUCGACUCCCACACUGUCUCCCGAUUCAGAAGACACUCGAGAAAGAGCAGGUAGCAGCAGUACUUCUACUAGUAUGCUGAGUGGUGAUUUGACUUCAGAUUGCAUUGCCAAAGCAGAACGCUCGCCAGAAAACGAAAAGAAAGAACGAGGAUUCAUGAAAGGUAUCAGCAAUUUAUUUAGUCGUAUUUCUCCUGAUGUUAGCCACAUCCACAAAUCUCGUUCCUAUGAUUUGACAGAUAAAGUUGCUGCUGUUGAACCCUCACCCACUCACAGCUCUGGAAAAGAAUCCACUAAAAGCACUAUUGGAAUCUGCGACAUCAGUCUUCAUUCAUCAUCUCCACAAUUGGGAGGACGGAACAAAAAGGACAAAGGAAAAGAAGAUUGCGAUAUGAGUGAAACAGCACUUAAACCAAAGGGUGCUGAGAGGUUUGGACCAGGAUCUCUCCAUUGUUCCAAUCCUUUCUUACUGGCUGAAAUGAAAUCUCGCCAGGAGAAAAGAGUUCCUACUACUCACAUUCCUCCCCAGGCAGCUGAGGAGAAAGCUCCAUCAGAAGGGGUUUCUAUUCUGGCAAAUGUGAAAUUAAAACCUACUGGAUUGAGCCAGACUCUGAUAUCACCCUCAGAUGCUUCACAGACUGAAGAUUCUCAACAGUCCAGCUCAUCUACUAUCACAUCUCCAGGUUCACCACAACUAGAUCCAGGAGGCCGACUCACACCUGGUCUUAAAGUGAAGCCUCCCCCUAUAGCACCAAAGCCUCGUCCUAAGUCUGUUGGAGGAACAGCUGAAAUGAGAUUAUCAGGUGAUUUUUCAAAUGCAAAUGACGGAGAUUCUCCUAAAGCUGUGAGUCCAAUUUCAGAAACAGCUCUUCCAAGUGCAUCUGAAUCAGAUAAUAAUAAAGGUCCGCAGCGGGUCAAAUCCAUGUUUACUUUAGCUGACCAAUCAGAAGCAGAAGUGAAAGAUUCUCUUUUAAAUGGUAGUCAAGAGCAAUUCCAUUUUGUAAGUGCAUCAUCCAUGAAUCCAAGUCAGCAUUCUAAAACCAGUGCCAAUUACUCCACUACCAAUGAUGAUACAGACAUAGACAAAAUUGUGUUAAAUUCCAUAGAUGAUGUCAUUCAUGUCUGACUACUACUCAUCUGUGAUGCCUUUGACCUGCGGAACUUUCUAAUUCAAGUAGUACAUGUAUCAUCAAACAGCUAAUGUGAUUUAUUUUCUAGCUUUUUGUAAAUAUAGAUAGUUGAUGCAGGACAUGCUCUAGAUAUAUACAUUCCUCUUCCAAGUUAUAUUCGCUUUGAGAUUUCUGAUGACAAUUUGAUAAUUAUCAUUCAUAUUUCAUUGAAGUUUCAUGAAAAAAAUUUCUAUUCAACAUUUCUUUAGUGCAACUAUUUGAUACACCUAAUUAUGAUUCAACUAUUUUAAAAGUAGUAUUUAUCUGAUUUGAUAUAGCUCAUAAAAAUAAUGGAGUAAUUUUAUAACUUCAAAAAAAAAAAAAAAGGCUUGAUUAUUAAAAGGAAGGGGGCAGUUUUGAAGGAAAUAAUAAUAAAUGUAUAUUUCAAUAAGCAAAUUAUGCUUUUCUUCUUAUAGAAAGCAAAGUAUAAUUUCAAUCCUAUUUUGUAUGAAUUUAAAAUAUGCUUUACAAAAAGGGAUUAUUUAAUUGAUAGUUUGUUUAUUAAUCUUAUUUUUCAAUCAUUCAAUUUGAAUAAACGAAUUAUAAUAAGCUUUUCUUAUCCUUAAAAAGUUUUAUUCUUUGUCUUAUCUAUUUAAGAAUAUAUGUUAAUUCUAAUUUUCAGUAAUUAUUAAAAAGAAAUUUUAUUAAUUCUAAAUCUGAGAAAUUCAAUAUAGUAUCAAUUUUUAAACAUAUGGAUAAGAUACUUCAGAAAUUUGUUGGCUAUAUUUUUUAGCAUAAUAUGGGUGACAUUCUAUUUAAUAAACAAGUUCUACUAUUUCAAUGUUAAAUACUAUGUUAAUAAAAUGUGUAAAUACUGUGCUUAUACUAGUAUGAAAUUAGGAGGUAUAGAAUUUUAUAUUGUAAAAAAAAAGAAAAAAAGAAUGCUACUUGUACAUUGCUUCUUUUAAUUGUUACAUACUUUGUCUUUCCAUCUAUUCAUUAUUUGUUAUCUUCUAAGUGCUAUAGUCAAAUCCUGUUGAUAGUGAGAGAAUUGUUAUUAGAUAAUAAUUUAUUCCUAAGAAGAAAUAGAAAUGAAUUCAAAACAGCACAUAUCAAAUGAGAGUGCUACUGUCAUUUGAUGGUAAAUUUUAAAUCUAGAAAAAUCAAACAGUUUUAAUAUCAAAGGAAUUGUUAUUAAUAUUUAAAUAUUUAUAUUACAGUGAAAAGUUUUUGUGUACAAAAAUUCUUUUACAAGCAAAAGGAAUUUUCCUGCUCAUCUGCUUAAAACAUUCAUUUAUGUUUUUACUAUUUUGUUUAAUUGCUGAAGUAUUGUAAUUUAAAUAUUAUAUCAGUUCUUUCUUUUAGAAAUAUAUUUAAAUUAAUAAUUUAUUCUUUAUUUUUUUUAUUUUUUCAAUUUUUGUAUUUAGUUGUAAUGUUUUUUUUUAAGAAACAAUUUUGGAGUAUUUUUAUCUAAUUGAAUAUAUAUAUAAUGAAUUCAGUUUAGCAGCUGUUUAAAUAGAAAAUAUAAUUUAUAAUGAGAAAAUUGUUAUUUUUUUAAACUAAAACCAAAAUUCAUCGUAUAUUUAACUUAGAUCUUGAUGAUUUGCUGUGUAAUUAAUUACAAGUAAAACUAAUGUGUUUGAUAUAUUUACUGUUUUCAAGUUUCAAUGAAGGUUUAGCUAUUCAGUAAACAAAAGGGUGUUCAAUUUUUGAAGGGGAAAAAGAUACAGAUUUGCAUAUUGUUCCAAAAUUUCAUAAUCUAUUUGUACUUGUCUUAUAUUCAAAUAAUUUUGAAGAAUGGUGCUUAUUUAAAUUUAUGAUUGAUUCAGAUGUAUAAAUUUUAAAUAAAUAUACUGUGAAAGUUUCUAAUAAGUAUUUCUUGUACUUUGUUCGGAUGCUUUGACAUGCUUUAUGUUUUAUGGAAUCUUGUAACUGUGGGAUUUCAUCUAUUUUGAUUAAUUAGUAUGUUUUUAUGACAGUUAUUAUUAUUUUUUUUAUUUUUUUAUUGUGUAAUAUUAUGAACAAGAUUUCAUUAGUUUAAUAUUGAAGGCAUUCACUCUAUCACAUUCCUUUUUUAGAAAAUCACAUAUGCUACAUUUAUUUAUUCUGAAUUUUAUCUUUUCAUGAUUUCAUUAUUUAUUAUUACUUAUAUGAUCUAAAAAAUUUCUUGACUACUACUAAAAUUUGAAUUAAUGUGUAUUGAAGUUGCUGGAAUUCUAUAUCCAUUUUAUUCUUUUUAAAGCUUGCCAAAUUCAUCUGUUUAACCUUGUUAUUAUUCCGAAUUUUCUUAAUUACUCGUUAAGGUGGAUUUCUUUGAUUAAUAUUUGGAUUUGAAAAUUGCAUAAAUAAACAUUUGCAAAUUCUUUUUUAAACGUUGAUAAGUCUUCAUGUUGAUUCAUUUACUAAUAAUAACCAGUGAAUAUCAUUACAAAAUUCACGCCAAAAUUACAAAAAUUUUUUUAGAAAAAGGCUUUAUUAAGUAUCGGAAGUUUUGUAUAACAUGUAUUUCAGAAUAGUCUUGCUUUCUAAAAAAUAGUACUUUGAGAACUAGAAUACAUUACAAAACUAAAUUAUGUAAUCAAAUGAAUUAACAUAAUCAUAAAUGUAAAUAUAGCUUAUGAAGUUAAUUAUUGUUUUUAAUAUCAGUAUUUUAAUUGAAGGUAUAUUAAUAGAUGUUCAUUGCUGUGAAAUGGUUUCUCUGUGGCCUUCUGUUAAUUUGAACAAACUGCACUCGUUAAAGUUUUGAAUAUAUGGUGCUGUUCUGUAAAUUUUGUACUUUUUUAUAAUUAUUAAUGUGUUUUUCUUUUGUUUUGUGAGAAGUGAAUUCAAAUCAUCAAAUCAAAGUUGUAUAUAUAUAUAUAUAUGUAGUUUUAAUUUUUGAGAGCAUCUAGCAGUAGGCAGGAUUGCUUUUUUCUGUUGAAUUUGACACGUAAUUGUUUAGCAUCUAUUUUUUUCUCAUACUUGCAAUUGUGAUUCUUUUUAUAGUAGUCAGAGUGCAAUACUCCUUCUGUUUUCUUUUUUUUUAUGUCAUGAAAAAAGUUAGAAAAUUGUGUACAGUUGUGAUCUUUACAAAUGAAAAACAUUUUUAAAAAUGCAAAAAUUAAAAAUCUGUUUUCUAA